AUGGCAAACAACAAUCAUUGGCCCUCUGGGCGUCCAUACGAAUGGGGCCUCUUCUUCUUCACCAUCCAUUUCUCAUUAGAAUACCCCUUCAGGCCACCAAGGGGUAUUCUGCACCCCAACAUCAACAAACUCCACGUCUUCUAUCCGCUACUCGUCACCGCUACAUGGAGGACCGGGACGGCGGUGAAGGAAGUCCUCCAAGCGCUUCAUGACAUGCUGCUCCACCCUAAGGUGGAUGAAGACGACCACUUCCUCGUAGACGUCGCCCGCAUGUGCGUUUUGGAGCCGGAGAGGUACGAGAAGGAGGCCUGCUUGAUAACCGAGGAACACGCCAUGAAUUAA